CGGGAAUUACCCAAUACAGUAUAAUUUGUGGUUAAUAUCGACAACAAGUUAUAAUAAUCGCAUGCUGUCGUAAUGGCUACUAUGAAAAAAGUGGGACUUACUGGUUGGUUGAUAGCGAAUUAUUUGCCUGCUAGUACAUUGACCAAACAUUUGCGAAAACCAACUGGACUAAUAGGAUGGGCAUUAUCGAAACAUGUCCUUGCAAAAAUAAAUUUAGCUCUAGAGAAGAAAGCCGUGGAAGUACUUGAUAUUCAGCCACAUCAUAAUGUUUUGGAGGUUGGUUUUGGACAUGGACUUGGGAUGAAAGAAGCCGCUAAGUAUGUCAAAACAGAAAGUGGUGGAAAAGUAAGAGGAGUUGACUUUUCACCAACAAUGGUGAAACAAGCAACAAGUAACUUGAAAACUGAAGUAUCCAAAGGUCUCGUUGAAAUAUUAGAAGGGAAUGUAAUGGAUCUUCCAUUUGGAGAUGAUUCAUUUGACGCAGUAUACCACUGCAAUUGUUACUACUUCUGGCCAAGUAUAGAUACUGGUUGUCGCGAGGUGCUAAGAGUUAUGAAACCUGGGGCGAAAUUGGUGACAACAGUUGAUAUGAAAUUUUUUCCCCUUUGUUCCAAGCUAGGAGUAAACACUGAUCCAAUUAUGCCAAAUAUUUAUGCUGAGAUUUUGAAAAAAGUUGGCUUUGUCGAUGUUAAUAUGUUUGAAUCAGAUAAAAUCACUGUAAUUGUUGCAAGACAACCUUCUCAGACAGUAAUAUAA